AUGCGUUCCUUACCAAAUGUUCUGAUCACCGGCACGCCGGGCGUUGGGAAAACCACCACCUGCAGUCAACUACUCAGUAUCGCUUCGCAGUCCACCCCACCGCUUAACCUUAAGCACCUGUCUAUCAACGACAUAGUGAAAGAACGAUCCUGCCACACCGGCUAUGAUGAAGAGCUGCAGACCCUGAUCGUCGACGAAGACAAACUCAUGGAUGAAGUCGAGAAAGAGAUCUCCGACGGAGACGGCGAGGGCGGCUUCGUCAUCGACUGGCAUUCCACCGCAGGGUUUGCUGUAAGAUGGGUGGACUUGGUCGUUGUGUUGAGGUGCGAAGAGACGACUGAGUUGUACGAUAGACUCGUGGCUAGGGGAUAUAAAGAUGAGAAGGUGCAGGAGAACAUGGAUGCUGAGAUCUUUGGGAUUGUCAGUGAAGAGGCGAAAGAAGGUUGGGGUGAGGCUGAAGAGGGUCAAGUCGUUGAGUUGAAGAGCGUGGAAGCUGAGGAUAUAGAGGAGAAUGCGGAAAGAUUGCUACAAUGGGUCAAGAAUUGGAUCAAGGACCAAGAAGAGAAGGGAAGCGGGGAGUGA